AUGCCUUUGAUUAUAUUUACCGGGUAUCCUUGUUCAGGAAAAACGAAAUGGGCAAAAUUGCUUCAAAAAGAACUUGAGAUCAAAAUUCAGACAGCAAAAGAGAAUUCUGAACCGGGCCAAAACUAUACCGUAACUUAUCACUCAGAUGAGACUUUAGGUAUAAACCACGAGACAUAUCAAGACUCGAACAAGGAGAAAUUGGCAAGAGGGUCACAGAUUUCUGCUGUGAAGAGGGAUAUAUCAAGAACAAAUAUUGUGAUUUUAGAUGCAUUAUCAUAUAUAAAGGGAUUUCGAUACCAGUUAUUCUGUGAAGCAAAAGGUAACGUAACUCCGCAUUGCAUUGUUCAUGUUAUUGCUCCUAUUGAGAAAUGUAUCCAAUGGAAUGACACCAAGGAACUGGGAAACAAAUGGGAUCCAGUUUUGAUAAAACAGUUGCAGAUGAGAUAUGAAGAACCAAAUAGCGAUACAAGAUGGGACUCUCCCUUAUUUACUAUACUUUCUGAAGAUCCACAAGAGAAAAUACCAAUUGAAGAUAUCUGGAAUGCUUUGGUUUUGAAAAAAGCGGCACCUCCCAACGCAGCUACUUUAGUUAAGCCAACUUCGGGUAAUUCGUUUUUGCAAGAAUUGGACAAGAAAACACAGGAAGUGGUAACCAAAAUUCUUCAACAACAGCAAAUUACCCCUGGGGAUGUAGUAAUAGAUAAGAAUUUAGUAGUGGCCAUUCCUACAGGAACUGCCAGUACAGCUCAACUCCAGAGAAUAAGAAGAUCUUACAUUGGUCUAAACAGAAUGAGAUCGAUAGAAGUUGAUAGAAUUGUGCCAUUGUUUGUUGAAUAUCUCAAUAGAAGCCUAAAUAGUGAAGACUAA